AUCAUAAAACCUGCAAUUAAAACAGCACACAUUUUAGCCAUUCAGAGGGGUCAAGGUGUACAUUCAGCACUUCCUUACUGAGAAAUCAGAUCUGCCAUUAUAUUGCAACAAUUCCAAAGAUAUAUCAGAAUAUUACCCAGAUCCAUAGAGCUGAACUUAGAAAAAGAAAAAUUAGAUACUGCAAGCACAGUGUUCUGUGGACAUAUGCUCUGAUGUACAUUUGUAAAUAUCCUGCUACGGACAACUCAAAUUCAAAACCCUGUUUAUUUGAUAAGCGAAAAGCAGAUGCUAUUGAUGGAAACAUCUUAAAAUCCUUCUUAAAAACAAUCAAACCAUUUAAAAAAUGCAUGAUGGCUAAUUGUGGCGUGAGCUCAGGAAACAGGAGAUGUAAUAAUUAAUGAUUAAGGUUUAAUAGGGUGGAUUAGAAUCACACUUCCUGCCAAUUACAAUCCCAGUGGCAGAGUGGAAAAUGGCCCUCAUUAGUAGACAAAAACAAACCAACCAGGAAUGGGUCACGGGCAUUAAUCAGCCGACAGGCGGCCUAUAAACAGCCUCCAUCUGCAGGGGGCUUUGCGUUACUGCAAUCAGCAUUUGCUCAAACAUCCUCAGGUCUCCUAACUAAGCAGGGAAGGGUUACGCCUCCUUCUCUGCUAAUGUAACCCCUGGCUGGACCUGGUAGAGUGCUAUGGGAGCUGGAACAGCACAGAGAAAGGCAGGAGCGGCUCUCCUCACCCGAGGAAGAAGAGGAAGGCAGCACGGGCAGGAGCGGCUCUCCUCACCCAAGGAAGAGGAAGGGGAGGCAGCGCGGGCAGGACUGAGGGACUCUAGCUGACUGAGGAUGCCCUCAGCUGCCCUCUUGUACGCGGCUGCCAUGAUCUGCACCACUGUGGCCUCUGUGUGCGGAAACAUCACCCUGCUCCUGGUGCUGGCCCUUAACCAGGGGCUUCGCACAGAGACAUGGGCCCUCACGCUCAGCGUCUGCCUCAGUGACCUGGCUCUGGGGCUUUGCACCGUGCCCUUCGGGGUGCACAACAGCCUGCUGGGGGUGUGGGGCGGAGCAGGGGGUAGCAGCGGUGAAGAGGGCAGGUACGCGGGGGACGGCCCGCUCUGCUGGGCUGCCGGCUUCUCCUUCGUGCUGUUCCAGCUAGCCUCCCUGCACUCCCUCACCUGGGCCACCGUCGACAAGUUCACAGAGAUCUGCUUUGCGCUGCAGUACCCGCGCCUCUUCACCAAGAGCAGGAGCCGCGGCAGUCUCGCCCUACUCUGGCUCUACUCGCUGCUCAGCGCCACCCUGCCGCUGCUGGGAUGCGGCUCGUACCGCUACAGCGCUGGCAGGUUCAUCUGCGCACCCAGUUUCCCUUCCUCCGGCACAGGCCUCAGCCUGCUGUUCCUGGGCGUAGGUGUUAUCGCUCCCAUCCUGGUCAUCUGCUCCCUGUACACCUACCUGGUUUACAUCGCCAGGAGCCAAGCCCUGCGGGGGACGUUCAUCUGCAAUGAACAGCACUGCCACUACGUGCCGGCAAAGAACUAUUUCAGGAGCUCCAUGGUUAUGACCACAACCUUGGCCUGUCUCCUAGUAUGCUGGCUGCCCUACAUCAUCACCUGCUUCUACGAGGUCUUCACCAGCCGAGAGAGCCCCGUGUGGGCCAACGCCCUGGCAACCUGGCUGGUUCUGCUCACCUCUGCUUUAAACCCCUGGAUCAACUGCAUGACACAGAAGUAGGUCCAAUAUACAGAAACAAACACACAAAGAAAUGAACGGCUAGAAAGCAAACAGUUAUGUGCAGAAUCAAAUAUAAGUCAGUGAAAUUUUUUGACCAAUACAAUAAACUUAUUUUGAGGCGUUUACAGUCCAUAAAAAAAAAAAAUGGUCACAAGACUGCUGAACUAGUCUAUUUCUCCUAUAUCAUAUUCCCAGAAAACAGUCACAAUAAAAGUGUCAAGGUAAUGUACAGCUGAGGAAAAACUUAAGAGACACACUAUAUUUUUAAACAAAUCUGCAUUUUUAAAUCCAGGUUUAAUCGUGGUUCUGCUGGCAGAAGGCUACGCUGAGUAGCAGGAUGCUUCAAGCAGAGCUGGGCGAUUUGGCCUAAAAAUUUUAAAUUUUCAAUUUUAAUUGAUUC